AUGAUGCAACCGAGUUGGGGCUCCAUCAUUGGAGGACUGGUGCUUCUGAUUCAGAGCGCCUCAGGACUCCUCCGUUUCUCAUGCUCCCAACUUGUAGUUGAGCGCCUUGACCCCUUAGUCAACCCUGGUAUCACGCCAUCUCCUCAUCUACACCAGAUCAUCGGCGGAAAUACAUUCCGUGCAGAUAUGACGCCAGAAAGCGUGCCAGAUAUCCCCAGCAUCGCUACAUGUACCACGUGCACGUUUGCCGAGGACUUCUCCAACUACUGGACCGCAGUUAUGUACUUCCGCGCUCGCAAUGGCACAUUCAAGAGAAUUCCGCAAAAGCCGAAUGUCGGGUUCGAGAGCGCCAAAGGCGGGAUGACCGUGUACUAUAUACCCACGUUACAGAACAGUGCGAAAGUCACUGCCUUCAAGCCUGGCUUCCGCAUGAUCGUCGGCGAUCCAAUGAACAGAAAUGCAAGUUCCGUUCCGCGCCAGCUCACAUAUACAUGUCUUCAGGACCCGAUGACCCGAACGGGUGAAACGAAGGAUAUGCCCACGAAGCCAUGCCCGGCUGGUAUCAUGGCAAACGUCCGUUUUCCUACUUGCUGGAACGGGGUGGACCUCGACCCACCAGACCACUCUAGCCACGUAGCUUAUCCAACCAGUGGAACUUUUGAGAGCGGCGGCCCUUGCCCCGCUACGCAUCCCGUCAAGAUCCCACAGUUGUUCUUUGAAGUCAUCUGGGAUACGACCGCAUUCAACAACAAGGCCGACUGGCCCGCGGACGGGUCACAGCCGUUCGUGUGGAGCAACGGCGACGAGACGGGAUAUGGGAAUCACGGGGACUACGUGUUCGGAUGGAAGGGCGACGCCCUGCAGAAGGCCAUGGACUCAAAUUGCGUCAGCUGCCCCGAGUUGAAGUCGCAGAGCAUUCAGCAGGGAAAUCAGUGCUCUGUCAAGGCUACUGUGGACGAGCAGCUGGACGGCUGGCUCAAGGAGCUCCCUGGAGAUAUGGAAAUUACUAGAUGAAGAAUCAAGGCUUGUCAGUACUCAGUAAAGGGCUCAUGAGAUAUGUGUUGCUCAUCGAGUACCGCAAUGGUGGAGUCAUAGAUGCGAAAGCUCAAAUUAAAAUCUGCGGUGUAUAUUAUAACUCAGUAUAUGGUGUGAUAGCCCUCAACCUCAUUAUGUGAAAGGAUGGGUGCUAGUAUGAAGGCAGUAUCACACAUGACUCAUAUUAGAGGGGCUUCCGCUAAUAUGUGUAGGAUAUGAGUCGAGCUGUAUGCUCCUGUCAGAGAUAAUUAGUUCUAGUGGGCAAGUACUCAUUUGUGGGCGCUAAUCCACUCAACUUUACUACCAAAUUGCUCAAAUUCAGAUCCAGCU